UGUGGAUGUUUGUCCAACGCGCGCAGGACAGAAACCCAUUGCACUUCUCAUGCAGGUAGCAAACGAUGGCAAGGGAGUGACAGCUUCUGAAUAGGGCUGUUCUGGAUGGGACGCGAGCUGCUGCCCUAAAGAUUCUGGCACUUAAUGUACCUCCAGGCUGGCUAAUCUGAGGCUGGUGGCCACAGUGGCUGGUGAGGAAGCUCGCAGCAGUUGGUGUGUGAGGAUUAAAGAGCUGGUUCCUGGUUCUCAAAUAGAGAACCAGUGGUUCCUGGUUCUCAAAUAGAAAGGUGCUCUGCAGGUUGUUUGAUGUGGCCUCCAGACAGGCCCACAACUUCCUCCUGCUGGGCCUGCAUCCAUGGAGACAGCCAGUCGUGCCCGACUGUGCUGUGACGGGACGGGAGAGUGCGAGAGCGGCUGCUCAGAAGGGCUUGGGCUCGGUGGGAGGCUGGUGGAGCUCUCCUCCACACCCCACCUUGGUCUCUUUGCCUCUGCAGUCAGCGGGGCUUGCUUGACCCCCGGGGAUGAGCCCCCGUGGCUUAGCUCUGGCACCUCCGGCCAAGAACGUGGUGGUGUAUCGCAACGGUGACCCCUUCUUCCCUGGGAGGAAGUUUGUAGUGAACCAGCGGCGGUUCCUGACCUUUGAGGCAUUUCUGAAUGAGGUGACCAAGAGCAUUCAUGCGCCUUUGGCUGUGAGGAACCUCUACACACCCAGGCACGGCCGCCGCGUCACUGAGCUGGGGGACCUGCAGGACGGGUGCCAGUACGUGGCUGCGGGCUUUGAAAAGUUCAAAAGGCUCAACUACUUAAAUCCUGGAAGGAAGGAGCUCCGUGGGACAAGGAACAGCCAGGGUCUGCAGUUCCGCACUGUAGCUCCCUGGAAGUCGAACGUCUUGGCCCCAUGGCAGAAGCGCACCCACCUGCCCUGCACAAUCCAUGUUUUCCGGAAUGGGGAUUUGCUGAGCCCUCCUUUCCCACUGCUGCUCUCCAAGAGCACCCCGCUGCAGUGGGACGCACUCCUGGCCACGCUGACAGAGAAAGCCGACCUGCGCAGUGGGGCUGUUAACAAGCUCUGCAGGCUGGACGGAACCCAGGUGUCUGGUGGGGAGGAGCUGGUGAAUGGCGAUUACUAUGUGGCAGUGGGAAAUGAGGAGUACAAAAAACUGCCUUACUUUGAGCUGCUGGUGCCCCAGGAUUCUGCAUACAAGACGCUGUGGAACCACCUGAAUAGCAGGCGCAAAAAAUACCACAGAAGGUUUGGUGAACUCUGUGCCACCUCCCAGGUCAGUGCUGGUGACUCUGCUUUUCCUGAACCACCUCAACAGAAGGCCUGUCAGAAGUGUGUGAUGAAUACUUUCAGCUGGACAGUCGCAGGGUGCAGACCACAGGAGCUGCAGAGAAAGGCAAGAUCCCAGCUGCUUUUCCACAACUGCAGAGGCAAACCAGGAAAUCUUGCCUUGAAGAGGAAGAGUCCGUUUUCCAUGUUAAACCUGCCCGUGCAGGACAAAACAGGAGAAGGAGCAACAGGAAUGCACAGCACUGGCGUGAUCAAGGUAGAGGACGCUGCUAAGAAAGCGUCUAUAAAACCAGAGAUCCUAGGACUGAGAUGCGAGGUGCUCAGGAAGUAAAAGAGAACAAACACACAAGGGUGGAUGUGUUGAUCAGGUAUGAGAAAUGAUUUUCUGCCCUGUUAGGAGUCUCGCUGCUGCAGGGAAGCACUCAUGGUCCCACUAGAAUCUAUCCCUUCAGAGAAAGCCUGUGAGAACACAUCAACCAAUAGGGCAUAGUAAUUGCUUGGGGAAGUCCUUCCAUUUUCUCACUUGUUUUAAGUCCGAUUCGUAAGGUUUAUGAAGCCCUAUGCUUCUCUCUGCAAUGUGUAAAGAUGAAAGUAACCACCAGGGGGAACUUCAGAAACCAGAGGACAGUGUAACUGCAGGGCUCUGCAUUUUAGAGAGAUGGGAGAUUGUCAUCUGGGUAAGGAACGCUUCCCUUCUGGAAUGCGAGAGUUACAGCUCCCCACUGCAGUAAGGAUAUUAGAGGCUUUCCUGGAUUUUUUUGUGUGUACUACUUCUAGUCUUACUCCUGUCCCAGAGAGUUGCAGAAGGACUUAUGCCAAAAGCCAAAACGAUGCACCCGCAGUAAGGUAUUUAUUCCACUGAAUGGUUCUAUAAAGUGUGUAAGUGUCCCAUCUGUGUUCAAAUUUCUUACACGAAAAUUCAGUACCCCCAAAUAUAAUUUGUUAAGCAGAACUUAACUGGAGCCAGGUGAAGCUUAGAAGCUGGCAGAGAAUAAAUGUGUAAGUCAUAAAAUGACUGAAGACAUAUAUUAGAUAGUAAUAAGUUUUUAAAUCCUUUUUUUAAAGGGGAAAAAUGUAGUUCUUUUUGAAAUAAAAUUCUGUGUAAAAUGUCUGCAAGAUGCUUAUUGUUUGUGGUGCAUUAAUGUUUUAAACUUUUCAUAAGGACAUUUAGAAUUGAUGUAAUGGGAUGACGUGUAUUAUAUUGUAGGUGAUUCACACUUCUGCCUGGGUAGUCUCUCUGGAUUAAUUAGAACUUCAAAGGAAAACAACUCCUUUGAACUUAAAUUAGAGAAAGCCCCAGUAAAGAAUUAGCUAAUGGAUCCUGACUCACUGGCUCUGCGGGGAGCCUGGUGUGCUGUGUUUGCGUGAGGGGCUGGGCGUUUCUCAGUGGGGUGGGCACUCUGAUGCCACUGCUUUCUGUGGGCCUUUCCCCCCCCAGAUCACACUGCUAUACAGUUGUUAUUAUUUGGACGUCACAGCUCUCCUCUGCAGUGGGAGAGAAUCAUUAGACACCAAAUAAACUACUCUUUAAUUUAAUGUACAGACCCAAGUUUGCAUACCAAAGCUGUGGUAAGACUGGAAGCAGAAUCCAGGAAUUUAGUCCCCGAAUCUUUCUGUAAUAGCGAAGUGCUAUGUUAAUAACUGUAUUUCUUUCUUGCUGCAAAAAGGCAUGGACUACAGACAAAUCACAAAAGACCGUGGCAAGGAAAGGGGAUGCCAGUGACUCUGAGGAGGAAAAGCACUCAAUGAUGUUUCCCUUGGCAGCAAAGAGCUCUGAAGAGUUCACAAAGAGACUGUGAUGGGAGAGGGACAGUUAGGUACACAGCCAUCUACACAGAUAACAAAAGCAUGUGAAUCCCAGAUUUCUGUGACACCACAGACUGGCCAAGCUUUUUAAUGAAUUAACAAACUCUUCUGAAAUCAAGUAUCCUCAUCAUCUAGGCUUGAGAAGCAGAGUACCAGUGAGAAAUGAAUCAGGUGCACAAUGUUAAAUAACGAAGAUUUUCCCCCUUUCCUCAUCUCUAUGGCGUGAUGAUGUGGCAGAGGAGAUGGCUGCUCCUCUGAACUCUAAUUAAACUGGUUUAUAUCUGAGCUUGGGAAGGAAGAAUUACCAAAUAGAAUAUAAGCUUUUAUAACAAAGUGUCUGCCAGGAAGUUUAUUCUAUUUCAGAUACUACUUAUAAAAAGAUCACACCAUUUGUCCCUCUCGUUUGGAAUGCUUGGGUAAUGUUUGUAGCAACUAAACCUCUUCACAAAAAUAUAUACACCUUGUUUCUGUUAACUUGUUUUAGGAGCAUAGUCAUAGUAAUAAACAGCUCUUGUAUUAACCCUCUUUGUGCAAGGCUUUCUGUAUUUCCCUCACUAGUGUUUCUGAGUACUUAUAAGGGUAACAAAGAUUUCUCCUGUGAUCUGUCUGGUAUUUUGGACUGAUAAUUUCACUAAAAACACUGUUCCUUCCCUAGGGACAGACUGCACUGUUGGUAUUUUACAGAUGAGAGGCACUCUAUCAGACUCCAGUGGGAAAAG